UGACAACUUCAAUGCUGCAAUCAAAUACAUGAUACCAGGAGUCAAAAAUGCAAAAGAGAGCCUCUCACAUCUCCCAGCUCCGGACUCAGUCACUCAACCAUGGUGUCACCCUCAAUGAUCUGCACUGCUCUAGAUAGCCAUGGAAAUCCUCACCAUUGAAUCAUGCUGUUGAGUGCCGUUUAUUGAUGCCUUGCCGUAGCAGGACUCUUGUAACCACUGUUAUCAAUGAAUGUUAGAGUUGCCGGAAAUUUAUUACAGGCGCCUAUCAAUAAUCUAUUUUCUGGCCUUGCUGACUGCCAAUUGGAGAAGGUCGGCCUCCGACCUCCGUUACUUACACAUGUUUUCUCCCAGCCGCUAUAGGGAGUUGGAGGGGAAUACGAGUGGGGAGUUCGAAAUUAGUGAUCACAUCAUGAUCGAGCACAUGGCUGAUCGGUCUAGGAUGGGGCACUGUAUCCCUCCCUAGGAUGAGCGUAGAGCUACUCGUAUUAUAUGGGUUGCUCUACAGGAGGACGGCAAGGACUUAAAGAAGUGCAAAUGUUCCCUGAUGACUUUGAUGGUGCCAUUGUCGGGUCUCCGGCGAACUGGAUGACUCAUCUUGCCGAUUGGAGUAUCAAAAUGUGCCUGGAUAUGCUACCGCACAACUCCUCUCACUUCGUUGGACCUUCGCUCUGGAUAGAUGUCAUUUAUCCCGAGGUUCUGAGACAGUGCGAUGCGAUUGAUGGGCUCGUCGAUGGGAUCAUCAACGAUCCCAGAUACUGCCUUUUCCGACCAGAGACGCUCACAUGCCAUCCAGGACAAAACACGUCUACUUGUCUGACAAUUCUACAGAUUGAGGCGCUACACAAGAUCUAUGCAGAUUACUACGAGACUAACCAAACCUGGAUCUUCGGCCCCUACUAUCCAGGUGGCGAGGUCGCAUAUGCUGAAGGCGUUUAUACCACCGAACCGCUCCAGCUUAACGUAGACUGGUUCCAGUACUUCGUCGUCAAUGACACCGAGUGGACCAUCAACGACUACGACGUGUCAAAUGUAGAGCUGGCAGAUGAGAUCAAUCCUGGCCAGGCAAAUGCAAUCAAUCCCAAUCUCACUGCUUUCGCAGGGUUGAGGCACAACGGGAAACUCAUACAUUACGUCGGCUGGGUGGACCAGUUGAUUAGUCCUGGAAACUCGCUUCAUUACUAUGAGACAGUACACGCCUUCACACAAGCGUACGCUGAAAUGGACAUCAGCGAUUACUACCGCCUAUUCACUGUUCCCGGAAUGAAUCAUUGUACGGGCGGAUACGGCGCGAACGCCUUCGGAGCUGUGUCGCAGGCUUCGGGCGGGAUGCUACCUCUUUCCAACGGCCCUGAGUAUAAUAUCCUCUCGGCGCUGGUGCAAUGGGUAGAAGAAGACGUGGCACCUUCGUCUCUGUCGGCUGUAUACUACAACGAUAGCGAUGUCGAGAACGUAGUAGGGUUCAUACGACCGCUUUGCCAAUAUCCCCUGAGCUUACGGUACAUUGGCGGCGAUCCAAUGACUCCAGAUGCAUUCGCAUGUGUCUAAGCGUGUACGUCUCAGAGAUAUUGUCCAAAAAUUCGGUAUCGAUAAGAACGUGGGAAGUAAUUCUUGCUCAUAAGCUAGCGCAAUUUUGAAUGAAGAGACUCGCACUGCCACUACGGAUGGAGCAGAUCUUUUCAGGAAUGCAGCUACCGGUGCAAGCAGUGCCCCGCGCGGAACUCUUUGUCUGAUAGGUAUUGAACGUCUGCAUCGAG